AUGCCUCCCAAGUACAUGACAGGAAAGGGCCGUACCAUCCAAGAGCCCAGCUUUGCCUCCAGCGUCAUUUCAACUUUUACCAGCAAGGAGAACAGGAGUAUUGUCACUGCUGCAGGACUAUUCGCUCUUGGCGUCACAUUUCUCCACAGCAGCUGGGCCGAGAUCCUCCUACCUGCGUAA